AUUCGUGAUGAGGAUAAGCGCAAGAGCUCUUCUCCGAGCUCCCGCGAUGCUGCUUUGUCCCGACCUAAGUAUGACAUGCGCAAUGAAACCCGUCCAAUUGAUCGCCAGGGCUAUAACAACUCCGGCAAGGGCAUUGAUGUGAUCAUGAACACUUAUCCGAUCAAGGAAUUUCCGACCAAGUCUGUUCAUCAAUACGAGAUGGUCGUUGAGCACGGCAGCAAUCGAGUGAGUGCCGACGAGGACAGACGAGUUUUUCGGCGAUGCUUUGACUGUGAGACCCGUAAGGUCAACUUCCCCGAUGCCAUCUACGAUGGCGCAAAAACUAUCUGGUCCGGCAUCCGCAAGGAAUCAGACAUCUCAGAGAAGCUCGAAUACAAGGGAGGUAAAACCCGCGGUGCCGGCAUGGGCAAGAUCGAUCUCUUCGGCAAACAGGUGACUUUUAGAAUGAAGUAUCGGCGCAAGGUCAACCUGGACGUUAUCGGCAAAUGGCUACAGAAGGAGCACAAACUAGAUGACUCUGUGAUUGAGGCACUUAACUUCCUUGACCACUUGAUUCGCGAUUGGCCCACAAAGCAAUUCUUUUCACACAAACGGGCAUACUUCUUCCAGAGCCUAGAAGAGACUCCAUCACACAAGAACAUUGCGCAUGAAUUCCAUUACUCGCUUGGGGCCUACUCGGGUGCCACAUGCUAUCGUGGAAUCUUUCAGAUGAUCCGACCUUGUGUCAAUGGUCUUCAGCUGAAUCUUGAUACCGCUCAUGCUGUUUUCUUCUCCCGCAUCAGUCUCCUCGGUACAAUGAAGGGACUGACCAAGGCCGGCGCUGAUGAUGAACUUGCCAGGAUGCUUCGGCCCAAGAUCGACAAACAAAAUGUUCGACACUCCACCUCGGCUUUUAUCCAGCUCAGCAAGAACCUCCAGGGUCUUCGCGUUCAGCCAGACUACAAUGGAUGUCCUUUCAAGGAUAAGAGCUUUAUAAUCGACAAGCUCCUUGACGCCAGUGCUUCUGAGUACAAGCUGAUGAUUACUGACAAGUCUACAGGCAAGGAAAAGUCACAGAGCGUGGCUGAUUACUUCCUCAGGAAGUAUAACAAGGCCUUAGAACAUCCUCACAUGCCUCUUGUCAAAAUGACGAAGGAGGGAGUCAUUUACCCGGCUGAGCUUUUGGUCAUCAAAAACCUUCAGCGAUGGCCAUUCAAGCUCACUGACCUUCAGACUAGCGAUAUGAUCAAGUAUACCGCCAAGAAACCCUCUGAGCGUCUUGAGCAUAUCAGAAAGUGCAAGACUAUCUUGAACCAUGAUGAAGACCCAAGCCUGGCACACUACGGGCUUAAGAUCGGUCAAAGAAUGGUCAUGGCCAAAGCUCGUCUGUUACCCAAUCCAGAGAUUCAAUUCGGCAAUGCCAAGCAUAAUCCAGGAACCAGUGCUCGAUGGGAUCUUCGCGGAAAGAAAUUCUACAAGACCAACACAAAGUCUCUCAAUUCAUGGGGGGUUGGAUACUUUACUGGUCAUCGUAACGAUAUCAACUCUGAUCAGGUUCAACAAUGGCUUGAUCUGUUUAUCAAGGCCUACAAGCAGCAUGGUGGCAAAGUUACAAACCGGCCCUUCAUCUGUAAGAUGAGGGAAGACGUCGGUGAGGCGAUGAAGGAUCUGUUCACAAAGACAAAGGAGGCUUCGGGAGUGGAGCCUCAACUUCUAGUGAUCAUUGUACCGUCUAAGGAUGCAUUUGUUUACCUUCGGAUCAAGAAAUCUGCCGAUUGCCGAUUUGGGGUUCCUUCUCAGGUUCUGCAAUCUCUACGCUGCAUCGACAACCGUCCCCAGUACAGCUCGAAUGUCCUCAUGAAAGUCAAUGCCAAGCUCGGUGGAGUGACCAACCGCAUCAUCCCAACCUCAACUGGGUCAACUCUCCGUCCGCGCUCCAUCAUCAUAGGAGCCGAUGUGACUCACCCUGCUCUCGGUGUCUGGACCCCAUCUCUGGCGGCUAUGUGCAUCUCUAAUGAUGUAAAUGGAGUUAGCUACAUGGGCGGAUGCCAGUGUAAUGGAGCAAAGGUCGAGAUCAUCUCUAAAGAGAACAUCAAUGGUAUCCUUGGGCCUCUUGUUCAAGAGUGGUACCAAACGGUCGGCCAGAAAACCCACCCGACACAGAUCUACUACUUCCGUGAUGGUGUCUCCGACUCCGAAAUUAGUGGUGUUCUCAACAUCGAGGUUCCCGCCAUCCGCAAAGUUGUAGCCCAAUCCUGCAAGGAAUAUGAAUGGCAAGGGAAACUAUGCGUGGUCAUUGCCAACAAGCGUCAUCACCUUCGAGCAUUCCCUAACCCUAAAGACAAAGGCUCUGAUCGCAAUGGUAACCCACUUCCCGGAACUCUCAUCGAUCGUGAAGUCACUAGCCCGCAUGGUUGGGACUUCUUGCUCUACGCUCACGCCGCCCUCCAAGGCACGGCCCGGCCGGUCCACUACAAGGUCGUGCUUGACGAGAUUGGCCACAAGCCGGAGGAGCUUGAGAACAUGAUUUAUGAACAGAGUUACCAAUAUGUCCGAUCCACGACGCCUGUGUCGAUCCACCCCGCCAUUUACUACUCGCACCUAAUCACUGCUCGUGCCCGUCAUCACGAGAAUGUGAACUCCUCUGACGGACCCCAGAGUGGCGGGCGAAUGCCUCAUGAGCGUUCUCUGGAACAGCCAGAUGUGGUCCAAACUAAGCUCCUUAGUAUGAGGGGCUCGGCUAACAACCUUCCGCUAUCAAUGUGGUGGGUUUAG